CACACAUUAAUAUUGCUCUGAUAAGAUAAUGACUGCUGUAGAUGCUGUUAAAAUCUUCAGAUACAGCCAUAUUCUGGUACUGACAAAUUUUGCUCUGAAUCUGAUUCUGCAGUGUUUCAUUUGAAGCCCAGAUUGCUUUACAACUCAGAUUUCAAAUGAUUGUGAACAGGUUUCCUCUAUCAUCCUUAGCUAAAUAACCAACAUACAUUACAUCAUGGCGGCAAGAUUUCCCGAAGGAAACCACGUUCAGCUCCGACCUCGAAAAGGUCAUGACAUGACAUGGUCAUGUGACAAGCACGGUGAGCCAAUCGCAUUUUACUGUAAGAAACACGGAUUACCUGUAUGUGAUCGAUGCGCUAUCAAAGCACAUUGCCAAAAACCAUGCGAGCUAGAUGACAUCGAGGAUUUAAUCUUCCAAAGGAGAAAGAAUUUGGAUGACAAAAAACCACAAAUAGAAGAAACAGAGAAACAACUGAAAACCCUGGUCUCCAAAAUAGAAACUGUUGCGACGUCUGCAAGUAGAAGUAUUGGUGCAGUCAAGGACCAAGUGAAGAUGACAUUUGAAGACAAGUUAAAGAUUGUCAGCCACAAGAAAGAGAGAAAGCAUCGGGAGAUUCACGAGUGGGCAGAUGAGAGAAUUACAAAGAUUUAUGAGGAAAUGGACAAAAAGAUCAAGGAUUGCAACACUGAGAUAGAAAAGGAAGAACAAACCAUCAAAGACAAAAAAGCCAAAUUGUUAUCAGAUACAAAGACAAUCGGUGAGUUAGUUACUAAGAAGAUAAAUAAUCUCUCUUGUAAAAAUCAGCAUGCAAUAAACACUUUGAUGAACAUUGAAUCAACCAUCAAACGUAUACACCAACAUGAUGAAACAUUGGUGAAUGAAGCUCCUCAAGUACUUGCAUCUAUUGAUGAAAUUUCAAGUUUGAAUAUUCAUCAAGAUGUUAGCGACUGUCUUGACCGAAUACAGAGUGAAGUUGAGAGAGUGGAGUUUGUAGAGGGGGAAGUAGGUGGAGAAUACUAUGAUAGAAUUGAUGGGUAUAUCGGUACAUGGGAACUUGUCAAGUCAAUCCACAUUCCAUCGGUUGUUAAUAACCCGCGGGUGUUUGGUUUGUUCAGUGAUGAGAUAUAUGCGCACGACAGAGAUAACCAUGACAUGUAUGUUACAAACAUCAGCACUCAAAACACACAGAAAGUCAUUGAUGGAGAUGGUAACACAUGGAUUUCAUCAUGUGCGCCAAUGGACAGUAACGUAAUAGUAUGUGGUCAGUGGAGAGUUGAUUGCACGGGUGACAGGUUGGAUGGAUGCAUCACUCUCUAUGACAGACAAUGGAAGGUGAUUAGAGACAUCAGCAUUCCGAGGAAUGGACACGGUUUUAGUGUGUUUGUUGACGUUGACAGGGAUGGGAUGAUCAUCGCUGCUCAGUCCUAUCAGUCUAAUAUCUAUGUCAUCAAUCCUGUAAAUGAUAAGAUAGUAAACACUAUUACGAUGCAGGGUAAGGAGGUGCAUGGUAGGAUACAAGCCUUGUCAUCAGGUGAUAUCGUUGUGAACACAGGUUACGAUAAAUACACCGCCAUCUCACGAUCAGGAGAAGAGAAGGCUACCAUACACCGUGAUGGGUGGGGUCUGUCAGAGUGUUGCGUUGACAAACUGACAGACACACUCUACAUCGUGUACUGGGAUGGAGUGCGUAAUACCUAUGCAGUUGAUCAGGUAUCACGUGAUGGUAUCAUCCAGGCAAGGAGGAUCGUGAGAUACAAGGAAUCAGAUCGCACUGACUUGAUCAGCCCUUGUCUCGUUACUCCUUCUGGUAACCUUGUUGGAUUUGAUGGAGAUAAACUUCAUCUUUACAAGAAGACAUUCGUCUUGUAAAUCAUCAAGAACCUAAACGUAGUCCGCAGGCACAGACCCUGAUUGAAACUUUGAUCAACAAGUGUGUCUCCAUGGAAAGACUAGCCCAUGUUUUAAUUCCUGAGCGAGAGGGCCUUCAGUUCACAAGGCAUGAAUAGGCUGCACAUUCAGACGCUUAACUCGAGAGAAGGAUUUGCACAGCAGACUAAUCUCAAUGAGUGAUAAUGUGUUUUUAAAGAACAUUUCAGAGCAAUGUUUAGCUACAUAUCCAUUAAUUUGUGUUCAACUUCAAUCUGCCACCCCUUAUACCCAUUGGGGCAGUUUCAUAAUUUGUUAUAGUAACAAUCAAUAGUUAAAAGCUACUGAAAUAAAUUGAUUAGAUUGGAUCAUAGUAAUUUCUGAAUAGAAAUUGUUAUUAUAACAGGUCUGUAAAAGGACCAUGGAGACAUUAAUGUUUGAUACAAUGUUCACGCCGAUGAGUUAUCAAAAUUCAAUGUAAUGUUGCAUUUGAAAGAUUAUUAUUCCUAAGUUAACAGUCCAGUGCUCUUGUGUUCGUAUUAUGCUGUUAGUCACAGUCAUUCUCUAUUCAAGAAUGACAUCAUUGAAAUUUGAAUCUUCUUUCUUUCAAGUCCCCUCUCCAUAACAAUAAAAUCAUUCAUAUUUUGACCAAUUAAACUUUGACAGAAUAUUUUAAAACUCAUUAUGCAUUUGAUGGUUAAAUAAUUUUUAUUUUAACCGAAUUUAACUGAUAUUAUCAUCCCACAUCCCUCCGAAAGUUUUUAACACCCUAAAAGUUAAUACAUUUUAAUAAUUCAAAUUCAUACUUUUAAUUGAAAUAUAUUUAUCUUCAUUUUGUACAUAAAUCUGUCAAUAGGCUUGUCCUUGCAUAUAUGUACAUGUGUAUAUAAACUCCUCAAAAAAGUUAGGAAAUCUGACUUUGCUCGAUGAUCCCUCCUCGGUUUUUGUAAAUAUCAAUGUGUAAUUAAUAUCCAUGAAUAGAUCAUUUAAUUUUCUUUAAAACGAUACCCUACAUUAUAUGAUUAUGGUUCAUAUGGAGGUGCAGUGCCUUGAAAUGUGGGGCAAGGUCAAAAUUCAAAAGUUGCAAAACGACACAAUAUUGAAAGUCACUGUUCUUUUUUCCAUGGUGAUGAGUGAGUUUCUAAGCAGUUUCUUUUAAUUGUUUUCAUCCACCUUAACAAUCAAACACACCUCUGCACAAGCAAACACAUAAGAAACAAACAAACAUGCAUGGGUAUGUCAAACCAUGUUAUCUCACAGAACCAUCACUACAUAAACCACAACAAAACAUAAAAAAAGAAGCAGGGGCUUGAUUUUAAUGGAUUUUCAUCACUAUUGACACAGACAAAAGAAUCAUGUUCUUUAUUGACCCUUCAUGACUAUUUCUGCUCGUUUUGCAGCUUUUCAAUUCAGACCUCAUCCAACACUUUUUAAUCCUGCUCUUUUCGUGAUGGCAUGAUCAUAACAAGCAUGGUAUCAUUGUAAAGAGAGAAUUAAAUGAUCUUUUGAAUGAUAUGCAUUGUGUAAAAUUGGGAGUUGGGAGAAAUUAAUGGCCAAACUCAGAUUUCCAAACUUUUUUUGCUCGUUUUGCAGCUUUUCAAUUCAGACCUCAUCCAACACUUUUGAAUCCUGCUCUUUUUAUGAUGGCAUGAUCAUAACAAGCAUGGUAUCAUUUUAAAGAGAAUUAAAUGAUCUUUUGAAUGAUAUCGAAUAUGUAUUGUGUAAAAUUGGAAGUUGGGAGAAAUUAAUGGCCAAACUCAGAUUUCCAAACUUUUUUGAGGGGUUUAUAUCGC